AUGGAGCCAAGCAAUUUUCCGGUGGUGGCAAAGAAAUUUUGGAGCGUUGUGAGGACUGCUUUGUUAAUGUUACGAAAGGGCAUAAUCUCCAAGACGAAGCUGAUGCUCGAUAUCAACCUCGUACUGAAACGCGGCAAGAUCGCCGGAAAAACCGCCAUCCACAACCUCAUGCUAUUCCACCUCUCCUCCUCCUCCUCCACCGCCGCCGCCCUCCGCCGAUCUUCAUACACCGCCACCCACCCCAACGAGUACGAGUUCAGCUGCAACGACAGCCCCGCCUACCAGCUCCCUUUCUCCCUCCACAAGAAGAGCAAGCACCACCACGCGCCGCCCACCUACGAGGACAUUCUGGCGGCCAACGCCGUCGUCAAGGCCCUGGAGAUCCUCCACAGCGAAACCGCCUCCCCGGCGCUGCCCGGAUUCGGCCGGACCCCGGUGGUGCGGCAGCUCAGGAUCACCGACUCGCCGUUCCCCAUUAGAGAAGUUGACGAAAACGAUCACGUCGACGAGGCGGCGGAGGCCUUCAUUUCAAAAUUCUACAAAACUUUGCGGCGGCAGAGCGCCGACUAG